GUCCAGUCUAAGCGGAAGCUUUAGUGUGCGCGGCUCUGAUUAAAAGCUGUGUGUCCUCACGUUAGCAAAAAUAGGUAGCUAGCGUUUGAUAAAAAUACUCCAACGAAAGUAGUGUUGCAUGAAAUAUUAUAUGCAAUUCUAAAAUGUCAGUGUUAACGGAACCAGAGUUUCCACCACAUCUUGUGUCCUUUAAAAACCUAGAUUCUCUUCUGCGAUGUCCCAUAUGCUUUGAUUACCUCAACAUUUCCAUGAUGACUGAAUGCUCUCACAAUUUUUGUUCCUUCUGCAUAAGGAAGUUUCUUUCAUAUAAACUGCAGUGUCCAGUCUGUAAUCGAGCAAUGACUGAACUGGACCUAAGAAACAAUAGGAUCCUGGAUGAUCUCGUCGAGAGCUUCCAGGAAGCAAGGCAGCAGUUGUCACAAACAAACUUGGAGGACUCGUCGUCUGUUUCUCCAAAAACGCCUCGCCCGAAUGUCAAAAGGAAAGCACCAAAUGCAAGUCGGCCAGUGGUAGAAUGUACCAUUAUGAAAAAUUUUCUCAAAAAGGGGAAUUCCCCUUCCUCCUCUUCCUCUUCAUCCUCCCUUACAAAAAGGCCCCGACUACAGCCUCCAUGCAGCAAUAAGAAUUUGAGACAGGACUCAUUGAAGAUGAUUCGAACUGUGAAAGUGGAGCUAGUGCCAUUACCUGCAGAAAUGACAAGGACUCUGGUCAAAGAAACGGUGGCGGUACCUUCAGGCCUGACAAGGGCUGUAAAGGAAAAACAAGUUAAGGUUUCUGCACAGGUGUCUAGAUCUGUGAAGGACAGGAGAGUUGAGGUACCUGAGCAGGGUGCCAGGACUGUGAAAGAGGAGAGAGUUGAGGUCCCUAUGCCACUGACUGGGCCUGUGAAGAAGGAGAGAGUUGAGAUCCCUGGGCAGGGUGCCAGGACUGUGAAGGAGGAGAGAGUUGAGGUCCCUGUGCCACUGACUGGGCCUGUGAAGAAGGAGAGAGUUGAGAUCCCUGAGCAGGGGACCAGGACUGCUAAAAAGGAAAUGGUAGCAGAACCUGCAACAGAGUCAUCAUCCGGUUUGACCUCCAGCCCUGAGUCUGCUUCCACCUCCCUCAGUAUGAAUGCCGUAGUGAAAGUGGAGUGUCCGGUUUGCUCAGUGGGCAUCCUAGAGCACCACAUGAACAGUCACCUGGACAGCUGUCUGAUGAGAGGAGAGAAAAAGGAGAGCUUGCGGAGCUCAGCCAAAAAGAGGAAGCCGCUUGGCAAACUGGUGUACAACCUACUGAGCAUGCAGGCGCUGAGGGAGAGACUGAGGGACCUGAACCUACCCACCCAGGGUUCGCGGGAUCAGCUGGUCAGGAGGCACCAGGAGUAUGUGCUCCUGUACAAUGCAGAAUGCGACUCCUUCACCCCCAAGUCAGCAGAAGAUAUAGCAAAAGAAGUGAAGGCGAAUGAAAAGAUGAGAGCCCAGCUGCAAAGGAAAUCUAAAAGUGUGAUGGUCUUUUCGAAGAAUCAAGCGGAAGAAGAAAUCGACAAAUUGCAUUCAAAUUAUCGGAAGCAGCACAGUGUUGAGUUUUCUCGCCUCAUUGACCAGGUCAAAGGUCACUGGGAGGCAACCAAGAAGGCUUGCGUCAAAGAGGAGGUGCCGGAAGGAGGAGGUGAAGCGAAGAGCGGGCGUCCCUCAGCUGUACAGGCAGAUGAGCGUAGCGACAGCGCAGCGUGUGUGUUGAGGGUUUCCUCUGAAGAUCCAGCGGAGUGGCCCCUGAACGCUGCGGCCACAGAGCGAUCCCCCAGCCCCGCCCUCAGUGACAUCUCAGUCAGCAGCUCCAUUUCAGACGUGUUCAGUAUUGAGGCUGACAGAAGCAUGGAAACGUGACGAACGUGAGAGAUGACAAAGGAAAGAUCCGCAGUCCCCAGUCCCCAGGACCUAGAGCCUUCACUGCUGUUACCGUGGGAAAGUGCAAGGGCCCGUGCUGUAACAUGAGAACUGUGUAAGAAAUCAUACUGGGGAACUGGAAAAACGUCCAGUCUUUUUCACCUCUUCUUCUGAAUCUGCUCCUUUGUAAAUUUGCUUUGUUCAUGUAUCGCUUAAUUAAUCCUAUUAAACUUUUAGGACAUUUUUCUCA